CGGCAGACCGGUCACAGACCAGAGCCUUAGUGCCGGCAGACCGGCCACUAAUCAGCGUGCCAGACCUAUGCCAUGUGAGCCCAUACACCCCCGCCUACAGUUCGCGUCUCGGCUAGACUCUGCUAGCAGCUCUGGGGACACGUUUGCCUCAGACCUGCCAGAAGAUGACCCGCUGCUAGGAUCGGCUGCUGAUCUUGGCGCCAUUUUUAAAAAUAAAAAAUUGGACAGAGUAGCUCUCAGUGAUAGACACGUGACAGGAAGCGAUGCUGAUUGGUCACAGCCUCAAAAUGACGUCAUCCAGCCGAGGCAUCGGCUAGACCAGCUGGACGACACCUCGAUAUUCUACAGGACAGCUGGGCACAGCUGCAGCCGGGGACGUGUACAGCCGGGGUCAGCCAGAGCUGGGCACAGCUACAGCCGGCUGAAGCCGUGGUCCUCCCACGACAGUUUGCUGCCCCACACGUGCCUGACCGCGGGGCAUUUGUUCAAGUCUGCCACCAUACCGUCCCUAGACUACCCGCCCCCCGCCCAGGCCGUCGUGGUCAGGAUCUCUCAGGACGACCCUGAUCACGUGACAGCGCCCAAGCCAAAAGUCUCUUUCAUGGACAGUCUCCGUCGCUUCUCUCGGGAUAAAGCUUGGCUCCUGCGGGUAGACGGCGGCUCCCUCCUCAACAACAACUCGAUCGGCAGCUCUGAGGACAGGACCAGCAGGACAUUCCCCGUCCCCGGGCACUCGCCGGGUGGGGACACACGGCGUAAGAGACUGGGGAACCGCACCAAGCUCAAGGUCGAGUUCGCCAUGAUGGAGGAGGACGGCACCAGAGGGGGCGGCCUCAAGGAGGAGAUCGAGAACAAGGUGGCCAUGUUAGGGGGGAGCACCUCCCGCUUCCGUCAGCCCCGGGUGUCUCUGCUGGGGCGCCCCCUCAACUACAAGGCCCACAGACGAGACAUGCGCUACAGGAGGCUACAGGCCCGGAUAUACAACUUCCUGGAGCGGCCCAAACACUGGGGCUCAUGGACUUACCACAUCUUUAUGUUCACCUUUGUCGUCCUGUGUUUGACCUUGGGCGUUCUCUCCUCCAUCUCAGAACUCGAAGGUCUUCUCAUUAAGUCCACUGUCUACCUGGAAGUUGUUAUGCUGCUUUGGAUAGCCCUCGAGCUAGGCCUCAGGGUCUGGUCGGCCGGCUGUAGGUCACGUUAUCAGGGAUGGUCGGGCCGGUUCCGGUUCCUUCGCCGGCUCCUCUGCAUCAUAGAUCUGAUCCUGGUGCUCGCCAGUGUCGGCACCAUCCUGGUGGGGACCAGACAGGAACAAUUUCCCCAGGCCGUGCUCAGCGGACUCCGCUUCUUCCAGAUCCUGCGCAUGGUCCGGCUGGACAGGAAGGGCGGCACAUGGAGGCUGUUGGGCUCAGUCGUGUGGGCCCACAGACAGGAGCUGGUGACCACCCUGUAUAUCGGCCUGCUGGGACUUGUCUUCUCAUCUUUCUUUGUCUACCUGGCCGAGAAGGACGAGCCUCGACUGGACACGGGUCAGAAGACACAGGUCAAUGUCACGGGGUCCAAACCCAAGUUCAACAACUUUGCUGACGCCAUUUGGUGGGGCGUGGUGACCUUGUGUACUGUCGGCUACGGUGACGUGGUGCCCGCCUCCUGGGGAGGGAAGCUCAUCGCCUCGUUCUCGGCCAUCCUCGGGAUCUCGUUCUUCGCCCUCCCGGCGGGGAUCCUGGGCUCAGGGUUUGCCCUGAAGGUGCAGCAGCAGCAGCGGCAGAAACACCUCAACAGACGGAGGGUGCCGGCAGCCACACUCAUCCAGUCCUUGUGGCGCUGCUACGCCGCUGAUGAGCACUCCGUCUCUGUGGCCACGUGGAGGCCACACCUCAUCCCCUGCCCCAGCCCCACCUCAGAGCGCGUGUGUAAGAACAACACGUCCUUCGUGAGCAGGUUCUCGACACGACGUCGGGACAGGAGCAGCACCCAGGCCCAGUCACCCAUGACGACACGACACCACACCAGACGGACGGCCAUCUCCACAUCAGAGGAGGAGGUGCCAAACGUCUUGGACAGCUUGGUGAACCGCACGUGGAGCCAUCUAAGUUUAGCAACGGGACUUUCCGAACACAAACUGCAUCUGGACAACAUCCCAUUCAAGAAGGAAAACUCGGUCUCGUCCAUUGGCAAGGAAUCGGAGGACGAACCAGACCUCUCGCCCAAACUGACCCAGCUGACGGACCAACACAAGAAGGCCAUCAGGGCCAUCCGCAAGAUCCGCUACUUUGUGGCCAGGAGAAAGUUCCGCGAGGCGCUCAGGCCGUAUGACGUCAAGGAUGUCAUCGAGCAGUACUCAGCUGGUCACGUGGACAUGCUCGGCAGAAUCAAAAACCUCCAGGGCCGGCUGGAUCAGAUCCUGGGCCGUCAAGGCAGCAAGAGCAAGGACGUGUACGAGUCGAAGCUUUCGCUGGCCUCCAGGAUCGUCAAGGUAGAGAGACAGGUGGACGACAUCGAGACGAAGCUUGACCUGUUGGUGGACAUGUACAAGGAAGAUCGCAAGCUUCUGCUGCAGCACAUUCAACACACCUACGGGGAGAAUCCACCGCCACCCAAUCCACCAAAACCUCCACCGUUCAAGCCCCGCCCCAUUCUGAUUGACAAGCAGUUCACGAGCGAGCCCCCCACCCCCACCUGCCUGGGUAUGGGACGUCAGCGACCCGUCAUCCAGCGCAACUUGUCCGACCUGAGCCAAAGAAUUAAAAAAAGAGUGACGUACCGUGGGCUGUCGUCACAUGACCCGCCGUCACGUGCCCAGUCUGCUGCUAACUUCUCCGCCAACCUCCCUCUGGCCUCCAUCCUGACGUCCACGAUGGCCGAGCAACGUUUGGAGCACGCCACCUCUGAGGGCGAGGUGGGGCUGGCGGGGGACGCCUCGGGCCACUUCCUGUUUAGGACCGACAAGGACCUUGAGCCGCUCAACGACCAGGUCUUUGAUGACCAGCCGCCCCCUGACCCGUGCUCGCUGCCCGCCCCGCCCGGGCUCUGCACCCUCAGCGAGCAGCGGAGCGUGGAGUCGGACUCGAGCCUGUCGUGUCCGGACUUGACCGGCUCCCCCACCCCACCCAAACACCUGACCGGACCCCCCACCCCACCCAAACACCUGACUGGACCCCCCACCCCACCCAAACACCUGACUGGCUCCCCCACCCCACCCAAACACCUCCUAGCCCCAUCUUGCCAGGACAGUUUUCCUAGAAUUCCCCAGUUGUCUUCCUGCCCAGAGACGAGGGUUGUGCCAGCAGCUCAGCAGACGACCGACUCGGGAGGCUCCAAUCACGUGACCGACGUCCAGUCUGGACAAAACGUGUUGAUAGAACAUUUAGUCUGA